AUGCCAGCCCUCAGCCUUCCGACCAUUCCGACCGCUGAGGUGCAGGCACACAACAACGAGAAGUCCUGCUACGUAACGAUUGGCACGAAGGUGUAUGAUGUUACAGACUUCCUCGAUGGCCACCCCGGUGGUGGCGAGCUUAUUCUCGAAUAUGGCGGCAAGGAUAUCACCGACAUUCUGAAGGACGAGAUCUCUCACGCCCACUCGGAUUCCGCCUACGAAAUCUUAGACGAGUGCUUGAUCGGUUUCGUUGCUGGCGAGGAGAUCAUGGACGCUGUCACCAAGAGCAGCAAGCCAUACGAGAUUGUCCCCCUUCCCCCGUCGGAGGUGGGAAAGAUCGAGCUGAAGGGCAUGGAUCAGAACCAGAAGCCGGUCUAUGCUGCCACAGGCAUGUCAACCGCCGAAGAUCUGUCUCGCGAGACCGAUCCCAACCAAGACUACAAGCAGCAUAAGUUUCUCGAUCUCAACAAGCCUUUGUUGAUGCAAGUCUGGAACGGUGGCUUUGAGAAGGACUUCUAUCUUCAGCAAGUCCACCGACCGCGCCACUACAAGGGCGGUGACUCAGCUCCCCUGUUUGGCAACUUUUUGGAGCCUCUGAGCAAGACCCCAUGGUGGGUAAUUCCGACACUCUGGUGGCCCACGAUCACGGCCGUGACCUACAUUGCUGCUCAAGGCGACCUGAGUUAUCCAGCCCUUGUUGCCUACUGGGGAUUCGGACUUGCUUUCUGGACUAUCAUCGAAUACGUACUACAUCGUUGCCUGUUCCAUCUUGACGAUCACCUUCCCAACAACCGCGUCGCUAUUACCUUACAUUUCCUCCUUCACGGCAUCCACCACUACCUCCCUAUGGACAAGUACAGGCUUGUGAUGCCUCCCACGCUGUUCAUUGCGCUUGCGGCACCCUUCUGGAAGUUUGCGCAUGCCGUGUUGUUCCACAACUGGUAUGCUGCGACCGCUGCGUACUGUGGCGGUGUCUUUGGGUACACGCUUUAUGACAUGACCCACUAUUUCCUCCACCACCAGAAGCUUCCUCCUUGGUAUCAGGAGCUCAAGAAGUACCAUCUGAAGCACCACUUUGCCGAUUACGAGAACGGCUUCGGCGUUACCAGCCGCUUCUGGGACUGGGUGUUUGGCACUGAGCUGGAGAUGGGCCCGUCGAAGGUCAUCAAGACAACCUAA